AUGAGACUUGUCUUGAUCUUGACUCUACUGGCUUCUACAUCCACUGCUUCAACUGCCACAACCCUUUCUCCAUUCCAACAACAGAAUAUGGAUUUACUCCUCAAUAUUCUCAAAGACUACAAAGUCAUUGAAGAACCAAGCCACCCAAUUUUUUACCAAGGAGUUGCAUUCUACUGGUAUGGAGCAUACACUCCAUCUCCCGAUCACCCUCAAACCUGUAUCAUAAUGGCAUCCCACCCAGAUUGGCCAUUCGUGGGGAAUAUUUUCAAAAACGGAACACUUCCAACUUCAGCCAUUUUCGGAUGUCACCAGGGAAAAACGUGCAGAGGAGCAAAGUGUGUUGAGCAGCUGAGUCAUUCAAACGUCGUCACAUACACCCUGCUUGGAGUCGUCCUGUUCCUGAUCGUUUGCCUCUUUGGCGGAGAGAAAAAGACACAGCAGCAACGUCCAAUGGAACGUCCAUGCCGGGGACCACCACGAGACCCAUCAUUUGACAACAUUUUCCUUCCACAAGAGCACCGAGUCCGAUUCGACCUCCCUCCACGAUAUUCUGAAUGA